AUGGAGGCUCCAUCCUGUUGUAGCUCAAAGAGUGCUUAUGGGCUCAGAGACCCUGGCGCUGGCUUCGCAGAGGCGUGGUUGGUGGAAGGCACCUAUCAACAGUGUCAGCACUGUCUGCAUAUUACACAGAUCAGGUCCAUCCAUAUAUAUCAGAAGAAGCACAAGUACGCCAUCUUCAGCCCACCAGAGAAAUGAAGUAAGGACGCAGAGGAGAAGGCUAAUUUGUUGAGAACGUCCGUCAUCGUGCGAGGAAACCAUGAGGUUACAGAGGAGUCCUGGGCUGGCAGCCACACUGAUCACCAUCACCUGCUUUUGUGCCUUUCUUUCAACUACUGCCAUCGAUAUGCCACUGGAAGUUGAGCAGCUGCCCACCAUCACCGCUCAGUCCCCCAGCCCUGUCAUUGCCUUCCCUUUUGAGGACAGCUUCUCCAUGACGUGUGAAGCCAAAGGGAAUCCCGAGCCAGAAUUCAGAUGGACCAAGAAUGGCCAGGAAUUCGACCCCAUUCUAGACUCCCGCCUGAUGAAAGAAGAGAAUUCUGGGACCUUUGUGAUACCUAAUAAUGGGAACCUAACAGAAUACCAGGGAACCUAUCGCUGUUCAGCCUUAAACAAACUCGGGGCUGCCAUAUCCAAGGAGAUUGAGUUCAUUGUGCCCAAUGUUCCAAAAUUCCCUAAAGAGACACUUGAUCCCGUUAAGGUGGAGGAAGGCCAGCCUUUUGUUUUGAAAUGUGACCCACCUCAAGGCAUACCUCCUCUGCAGAUCUACUGGAUGACUAUCAACCUCCAGCACAUCGAACAGGAUGAGAGGGUGUCCAUGGGCCUUAAUGGAGACCUUUAUUUUGCCCAUGCAGUAGAGAAAGACAGCAGGACAGAUUACUGCUGCUAUGCUUCCUUCCCAACAAUACGAACCAUCGCUCAGAAGAACGCAAUGUCCGUUGUCGUCAAAGCAAGAAAAAGAGACGGUACUGAAAGAGCUAAUGAAAUUCUGGAGAUGAAACCCUCACUCAUGACGCCCCCUGGUGUUCAGUCCGAGAUACGGUUGAUGAAGGGAGAGGACUUGAAAAUGGAGUGUAUUGCUCAAGGAAUACCAACUCCAUUGGUUGAAUGGACAAAGAUUGGCCAUCAUCUCCCUGAAAAAGCAGCAAAGGAGAAUCACGGGAAACUGCUAAACAUACCGCGAGCUGACCAGGGAGACAGCGGGAAGUACAUGUGCAAAGCCAAGAAUACCCUCGGACAAGCUGUCCAUAGCUUCAUAGUGACGGUGGAAGAACCUCCAGAGUGGGUGGUGGAGCCGGAGAGUCAGCUUAGUAUGAUUGGGUCCGAUGUCCUCAUCAAAUGUUCCGCCCGUGGGACCCCAGAGCCCACCAUAACCUGGAGUGUCAACGGCGUACCUCUGCAGGAGUCCCCAUCCGCCAACAGGAGGCUAUUUGAUAACACCAUAAUUUUACAGAAUGCCCAAGCGUCGGACAGCGCUGUCUAUCAGUGCGAGGCCUCCAAUACACACGGAACCCUUCUGUCUAAUGCAAACAUCAUGAUUAUGAAUCUACAACCUAUGAUUUUGACCAGGGAUGGGGAGGAUUACUCUGCAGUAGAGGGGAUGGGAGUGGUGAUGCACUGCAAAGUCUUCAGCUCUCCUCCUUCAACAGUCACUUGGAGCAAAGACAACUCCUCUGAAUCCAUAAAAGGCCCCAUGUUUACAGUUCAUGAUAAUGGCUCACUAGAGGUCCACAGUGCAAAUAAAGGCGACACCGGACAGUACAUGUGUUUGGCAAAAAACACAGAGGGAUCAUCCGCCAUUAGUGCCACACUUUAUGUGAAAGAUCCCACCAGAAUAGUGGCAGCCCCAGUGGACCAGCAGAUCUUAAUAGGUUCCACAGCUCAGCUCUCCUGCCUGGCAGAGUACGACAAGUCCUUCAACAACGACUUUGAGCUCCUGUGGGAAAAAUAUAAUGUGGAGAUAGCCCUCAACCUUACUGAGAAUUCAAGAUACGUUUUUGACGAUGGCCUUCUUCACAUCGUCAACGUGAGCCACGGCGACCAGGGUGUGUACACCUGUGUGGCGAAAACAUCAGUGGACCAGGACACAGCCUCAGCCCUGCUCAUGGUCUUAGACGUCCCAGACGCACCGCAAAGCUUGGUCCUGUCUGAGCAGAAGGAGAAGGGCAGAAGUGUGAAACUGAAAUGGAUCCCCGGGGACGACCACAACAGCUCCACCAUAGAGUUCAUAAUUGAAUACCAAGAAAACAAAUGGGAGCCAGGCAACUGGAAGGAGGUGCACCGUGUACCUGGGAACCACAACUCUGCCAUCCUCAAGCUGCACGGCCACGUCGACUAUCGCUUCCGCGUGUACGGGGUGAACAGCGUUGGGGCGGGGCCCCCAAGCGAGUCCACAGAGAGUUACACAACCCCCCCGAGAGCCCCAGACAAGAACCCAGAGAAUAUCAAAAUCGAAGGUCAUUUGCCACAUGAAAUGAAUAUCAACUGGCAGCCCCUGUUACCCAUCGAGCAGAACGGCCCCGGCCUGGAGUAUAAGCUGAGCUACAGACGGCAGGAUGUAGAGGAAGACUGGAAGGAACACACUGUGAAGAGGCACUCGUUUGUGGUCAGGCACACUCCCACCUUUGUGCCAUACGAAAUCAAGAUCCAAGCCAAGAACCAUCAGGGUUGGGGCCCUGAGCCCAAGAUAGUGACUGGCUACUCAGGGGAGGACUUUCCCUCUGCUGCACCUGAAGAUGUAGCUGUGGAGUCGAUGAACAGUUCAGCGGUCAGGGUUACUUGGACACGAGUACACAAAGACAAGUUGCACGGACACCUGGGAGGCUAUAGGAUAAACUGGUGGCGUCUGCGUAGUCUCGUUGACACUAAGAAAAGCCACGGAGACAAGCAUACACUAAUGAUCCCGGGGGACCGGAACCAUGGCACUGUGCCGGGACUGACGCCCUUCUCUGAGUACAACCUCAUUGUAAUGACCUUCAACGGGCGGGGCAACGGUCCAGGCAGCCAUCCCGUCAACUUCAAAACCCCAGAGGGAGUGCCAGAGAAAAAUCCUGUUUUCAGGGUCACAGAUGUACAGAGGCACUCCGUUUCUCUGCUGUGGGCCCCACCGCGGGAGCCUAAUGGGAUCCUCACCGGCUACCUCCUAGAGUACCAACUUAUAAAUGACACAGAUGAAGUGGGCCCCGUUCAGACAGUAGACAUCAGCAACCCAGGCACCACCAAGUGGGUCCUGCGUGACUUGGAGCCUGUGAGCAGAUAUAAGUUCUACCUGCGUUCCUGCACUUCGGUGGACUGCGGGCCGGCCGUCAGCGAGGAGUGCACCACCAUCCUGGAAACAAGUCUGGCCAGCAUCCAUGGAGGAAUAUCAACCCAGGGCUGGUUCAUCGGCCUGAUGUGUGCCAUCGCUCUGCUCACCCUCAUCGUGCUGGUCGCCUGCUUUGUCAACAGAAAUAAAGGAGGAAAAUAUUCCGUGAAAGAAAAAGAAGACCUUCACCCGGACGUGGAGUCCCAGGGCAUGAAUGACGACACAUUCUGUGAAUACAGGUAAGCCUCACACCCCUCACCGUCCAAGCGUUGUCUCUCCACCUCCACGCAUGUGAGCGUGUGAAUUCUUUCCUCCUGUUGGCUGUCUUCUCCUGCCAUUAACUCUGUCUGCAUUUCUCCUUUCGCUGAAAAGACUCCCCAGAAUCCACGAAGUUCACACCGAGUCUCACACCUCCUCAGCCGAAGGCAUUUGAUGGAUUGAGUAACCACAUAGUAUGUGAUAAACAGCAUUAGCAUUGGCAAGCUGUUUACACAUCAGCGUUGUCAGAGUGGUAGCUCCUAGAUUCAGUCCUGUGUUUGUGCAUAGUGGAAAGUUAGCAUCUUAAAGAGAGCCAGUGUGUGUCUCCGAUGUUUCUGUUUGUGUGGAAAGAUCUGAGCUCUGACUGCCCAGAACCCCGCAGGAAGCUUAAAACCAAUCACUAUAAUUGAAUGCGGCUCGUCUCCAGGGCAGUAACAUCGUGGCACGUUUCAUUAAUGCUUUAGCAGGCCUAUUCAUAACGGGCUGCCACAGUGUGAGUCCCUGUGUAAUUCUCCAAUCAGUGGGACCUGCACAGCACAACAAACACUGCUGUGAUAAGCUCAAAGUGGCUCAGUGUGACGGCAUUUACAUUUAGUCACUUUAGGAUGCUAUCAAGUUUUUACAAACUACGGCCAAGUAUGUUGGAGUAAGCUUUAAAAAAGUGCCGCUAUAUCCUUAUCUCACAACAGAAGUUUUUAGAAGAAGUCAAAAUAUUAAAUGGAAUGGACCCGCUCAAUGCAAAUAUUUUUUGGAAUCAUUUAUGUGUUAAAACCUAAAGAACCCAUCUAGUAAAAGCAGACCAGUAAAUUUUGUUUGCUUUCGAGAAAAAUAAAAAAAAGGCACGAUGUCCAACCCAAGGAUGAUAGCCCAGUGAUGCUAUAAAAGUAGCAUGAGUCUAUGAAAAGUAUUUUUUUAAGUUAUUUGAAAUGCACUUCAAAUUGUUUUUGUCUUUCCUUUGUCUUGUAUUGAAGUGCUAUCCUUUUAUAUGUAUAGAAGUUAAACAAGUUCAGAUCAGUGAAGCCUUACAGAACCUUUUUGAAAACUUUUUGGGAAGCUGCAUGUUGUGCGCUGGUCCUCCUUUUGAAUUUCAGUAACAACGCAGAGAACAUUGCAUAUAAUGGUCUUUCAUUUAAAAUUCAUUAGGGAACCACAUGUGUUGGCUCAGUUUAAUGUCCCCCUCAGUAUCUCAUUUGUCUUCCAGUUGUCACUUUGUCAAACGCAUUGAUGCUUGUGUACUGCAAGUAUUCAUUUUGUCUCAGCAAGUGCAUCGUCAGGAUGAUCUCCCGUUAGUCAUCCAGAGGUAGAAACUAAUGUCAGUCUCUGACGCUCACUGUUGAAGCAGUGAUGGCUCGUGGCCGCGCUCCCAUCCUCUUCAAUAAACAGCAGAGUGAAGCCAUGAGUGAAAUGAGACGGUUCUAAAUCCACUGUGCUUCUCUCACAGCGACAAUGACGAGAAGCCCC